AUGGGUCCCUCUGAGGCUGCCCUUCUGACUAAACUUAGGACGAAGCUAUUCUCAUAUGGGUUUACGAUUCUCUCUGUCUAUGACAAUGGAUCUGUUUUAAGCCCAGAGGUGCCCAACCUCACGAAGGAUGGCCUCGUUGACAAGUUUGCAGCUGGUGUCUCUAUGGUCGCUUCGCUAUCCUUGACUCUCUCUUACCCAACUCUUACAGCUGCACAUCACAUGUUCGUCAAUACCUACAAGAACAUCCUUGUUGUUGCCGUCGUUCCUAUUGCAUCUGCUAAGAAUGCUCCUGCUCCUGCCUCUAAGGAAGUAGAGAAGAAGGACGAGCCUGUCGAUGAGUCUGACGAUGACUUGGGAUUUGGUUUGCGACGUCUUCAAAUCAAACGGAGGGAACAAACUAUACACUAA